GUUGACCUAGAGUUGAAACAUGGGAACGGAGCUAUAAUUUCUGGUUGUUGAGUUCCUGUGAUGUCAUGAAGCCGUUUGUAUUUCCACAGUGAGAGACGAAGCUGUUGCCAUGUUUCAGGAGCAAGUGGAAGGAAAAGUGUUUGAAGGUUUCCAGAUUUUGAACUGUAAAGUCAAGUAAGAGACUAUCUUUACCAGACACCCACUGACAAAGUCUGAUUGCAUUCCACUAACUUAAGUGGUGCCAUUUGUAAAGCUGUACUUGUGAACUGGCUCCUAGCUAACUUAUAGGUUUGGUAGAUAAAUAUUAUUUCGCAUGCUAAACAAUCAACUAUCAAAUGCAAGUUUCUUUUCUUCUCUUCUGUUCAGUGUGAGUUUAACUGGGGUCAACGUCGAUCAAGCUCAUCUUUCGUUCGUGGAGAACUAUGGCUUCCAGUUCGUGAUUCAGAACUUCGGCUUUACCUUGCACUUUGACACCACCUUUAAUCUUUGUCUCUUGUAAGUACUCAAUCCUGUUUACUCCUAUUUCAGUGGAACAUCAGACUCUGUGUCCAAACUGCUGGGGAAUUCAGUAACAUCAGUAAAUCAGCAGAACUAAUGAUGACUUUAGAAAGGAAGAGUUUUAAUUCCUCAGAGUUUACUCUGCAGGUUUACUCUAAAUCCUCAGUGUCAAAGUUCAUCCGUGUCCAGCAGUUCUUAACUUUAAGCGACGGCAGCCAAAGAAAACCCCAUCUGAUUUUAGAAAGUUUUGAUUGUAUUUCUGAUCAUCAUGACGUAAGUGGUCCAUUUCUGGUUCUGCAGUCAAUUAAGGACGGCCCCAGAAUUCAUCCUUAGAGGCGCAGCUGCCAACAUGGAGGUUGGUCUGGUCAGAAAUCAAAAUGGAGGGCUGGCAGCUGACAUGAGGGUCUGCCAGACUUCAGCCGACCAAAUUGGAUUUUCUGUAACAACUCUGCUAGGGAAUCUUGAGGAGAAAGCUCGAAGACUUGCGGCCUUCUUCCUCUCCAAUGCGUUCUGCCCUGUUUUCAAGAGACUUGCUCCGAUUUUUGUGAACUGGAAGCUGAAGAGGAUUCCAAUGGUUGCACCACUUCCCCUAGACCUGGGCAUCAACUUUGACUAUACCCUAACCAGAGACAUCCAAGUGACAGCUACAAGCCUGGACAUGACUUUUAAAGUGAGGAAAGACUUGCUUUGUUGCUUUUUAGAUUUGGGUUAAGAUUUUAAACUUACAACCUGCUUGAAAUGCAAAAACGUGUAAAUUUUGUCUCAUAUUUAAGAUUCAGUCAGACGUGUAUAAUUAAGGAAUGAACAAUAUGAACACAGAUUACCUGAUAAUGAGUUUUAAUAUAGUGGAAGACUUUUUUGUGUCUCAUGUUUUUGUGUCUUGUCCAGCUCCUUCUGCACACUCUCAUCAGUCAGGAAGCUUCGCUUCACUUUUACCUUUAACUAAACCAAUCACGCAGCACUCGGGGCCUCGGUGAACCCCUCGUCUUGCUGACUUCUCCUCACUGUUCCCUGAUUUCAAAACUUUGCCUGAAGUAGUGCUUGUAAUCCCAGUCUCCAGUGUGGAUUCAUCCUCCAGAAAAACAUCAAAACCCUGAGACAUUUGAUCAUGCACAUGCAGGUGUGCAAGUCAAGUCCAAAUGAACAAGAAAAAAGCUCUGUGAGGCUUCAGGCCACAGGUCAAAAUGACGCAACCUAUGAUGUACCCACCCUCACAGCCAAUGAACCAAUCAACGUCUGACUUCAAAUCAGUCUCUUCUGGUUGUCCUGAAUGGAACCACAGCUGUUGGGGUUCCAGAGAGUGGGGUGGUAUCUCCAAAAGGCAUAUCGUGGGUGGUCUCGUGUCCACAGACUCUGGAUAACCAUUCAUAGCUGAUGCAAGCUGACAUGCUAUUCCUGUUAGUUUCAUGAUUACAGAUUCAGUGUGUUAUGUCCACCAGGGCCAGGCAUACAGGCAGCCACAGCCCCCUCCUGUGGUGGAAGAAGUCAUGGAGCCGGUUUUCAAGGAGAACACCAUGAUGGCUUAUGUGGGCGUCUCUGAAUUUUUCUUCAACUCUGCUGCCAAAUGCCUCUAUGAAGCAGGAGCCCUAAUGAAAGACUUUGGUGAGAUAAACUCGAAGGCCCUGAAGGUCAUUUUAAGACAACAGUGGAACCUGGACAAACCUCUUAAAGCUCAGGUGGAGCUCACUGAAGUACCAACCAUCAGCAUCACCCAGCGUGACAGUUUCAUCUUCAACAUGAGAGUCAUAGUUAAGGCCAUUGCUCCUGAAACUGAAACGCCCGUCUUCUCCAUGUCCGCGGUUUGCCCCGGCAGCGUGAGGGUUACUAUUGAGGGGAAUCGUCUCACUUUGCCUUCUAAAGACAUCAACUGUCAAAUUGUAACCAGCAAUAAAGUUAGAGACGUUCUGGUAGUUCCUCUGAACAAGAUGGUGAACAAGAAAGCCAAAGAGUUCCUGUCAGGUUUGUUUGGUGACGGAGUUGAGAUUCCUAUUCCUCCAGAAAUUAACUUCAUCCCGGGAAACGUCCAGUAUGAAGAUGUGAGUCUUUCUGGGAGGCUAUUCGUUUUUUAUUUGACAUCAAUCUGUGAAAUGUGGAUUAAUGGCAUCAAAAACAGAGAGAGUUCAGAUUUACUGAUAUUUUUCUGUAAAAAUAUUAAAUAAUUCUGAGUCAGAACAACAAAUUUUUAAAGAGCUAAUUUAUGAUCAAACAUCGUUUGGUUCCACUUGCUCAUUAUUUUACUUAAAACAUGGAAAAAAUGUCUUGUAAGUGAUAUAUUCUGCCAGUGGAAUAAACUUUUUCAUCAAUAUUCAAAACAAGCUCCUACAUC